AUGGCGUACACUUCGUUGACUGAGGCCCCUCACAACCUCAAGGAGGCUGUUGACUGGUUGGUGGCCCUGAAGGGGACUGACGCUGAAAAGAACUUGGCAGCUCUGGGUGAGGCAGUUCACAAGUUUCUUGUCAAACGACCUGUUGGCUACACGGAAAUACCCGCCCUCGAAGCAGUUAAACUUAUUACCAAGGAAUUUCUGGAGAAGCCGAGGUUACAAGGCCUGUGGUACGUAAAAGACAUGCUGGAGAAAUUCAAUGGGAAUAUGGAUAAAACCCACGAUGUGUGGUUGAAGCGUCAAACUGCUAAUUACCAUAGCGAUUAUGAGAACAUCAUACAAACCGCGGGUAUCGAACGUACAGACAUGAUUAAGAACGUUACUGACAUAGUGGAUGCAUAUGAGAAGUUAUUGGAAGGUGUCAAAAUCCCCAGCCUGUACAAGUCUGCCUACACUUCCGAAGCAACAUGGGAUGCAUCAUGCGCGAAGGACCCAAGGGAAUGCGCAUUGGUCCUCGUGGGAAUCGCGCCAAUGUUGUACGCUGGUCUACGUUCUGUAUGGGAUUCCGCACGAACUGCCAUUGAAAAUGGGCCGGAAUCUUACGCGGAGAGGGCUUUGGGAGAUGUAUUGAAAGCCGUGGGUUACGACGGUCAUGGGUGUCGCGGUACUGUGAGCAGUUCGGCUAUACGCGAUUCUACGGGUGAUGUUUAUCCAUAUGUAUUAGACAAGGUCUACGACAUCGCAGGAUUCUGGGCUUUCUAUGGACAGGCCAACACACAAGCUGCAGAGCCUGUAAAGACUCGCAAAUUCUACAUGGCCAACAGGGAAGUAUACGGAAUACCAGGGGUUGACGUUGACAUGGGUUUGGUGAAUGCCUGGAAUUACAAGAAGGGUAAGAAGUCCGCCAAAUAA